AUGUCGCUCCCGUCGUCCAAGGCUGGCGGCGUGCAGCAAAAAUCAAUACGAUCCUUUUUCCAGCCGCCCAAAGCACCACAAUACGCGCCUCCCCCGGGCUCCUCCUCCUCUGCCGUCCCUCCUCCUCCUGCCCCUCCACGACCUCCCACAACGACCUCCCCCUCACCACCGCCGCCGAUUCCUCCGCCAGUCACCUCGGCCACGAACCCCACCCUCCCCAAAAACGCAACCAUCCGCGCCGUCGAGCCCUCCGACAUACCCGCCCUGCGCCGCCUCAACUCGCUCCUCCUGCCCGUCGCCUUCCCCGACAGCUUCUACGCCGCCGUGCUCGACCCCGCGCUGUCCCACCGCCACUCGCGCGUCAUCACCUGGGCCGGCGACGGCAACGGCCUGCCCGAGGAGCCCAAGAUUGUCGGCGCCAUUGUCUGCAUCCCCGAGGAGCAGCAGUCGGCUGAUUCCUCCACCUCCUCCCUCUACAUCCGCAGCCUCGGCAUCCUCGCCCCGUACCGCGCGCUCGGCCUCGCCAACGCCGCCCUCGACGACAUCCUCGCGCACGUCUCCUCGCCGUCGUCGGCACCCCCCCUCCGCAGCGUCACCGCGCACGUGUGGACCGAAAACGAACAGGGCCUCGCGUGGUACCUGCGGCGCGGCUUCGAGCCCGUCGGCGAGCCCGUCGAGGCGUACUACCGCCGUCUGCGGCCGGGCACGGCGAUUCUCAUGUCGCGGCCCGUUCGCACCGGCGGCGUCCUCCGCGCCGUGCAAGCAACCCAGAACGAAAGCAGCACCGCCGCCGCGACAGAUGCGCCACCGAGUGCCGCAGCAGCAGCCAUUGUGAAUCGACCGCCGACGACAUCGGCCAACCUCAACAGCGACGCGCGCCCCCCGCCGCGCGGCGGCGGCUCGUACCAAAACCAGCGGUCCGAGAUGGAGUGGAACGACUUGCCCGUGGACAUGGCGCUGCGGCCGCCGAGGCGAAACCUGGCCAGCGGGAGCGAGCCCGGCUCGGGGGCGGUGUCGGGCGCGAGCUCGCGGAGCAGCUCGAGCGCGGCGCAGAGGAAGAAGCGCGAUCGGUCGUACCCGGCGGCCGCUUUUGGUAGCUGA